CCAACCCCUUGCUACGGUUGCAGUUUCAUCCUGCAGCAGAAAGGACAAAUAAAGCAAAGCUCAGUAGUUUUAAUUGACUAUGGAUCGCACGCAGGUCAUCAACUUUGGAGCUGGACCUUCGGCUCUCCCUGAUUCAGUGCUCCAUGAGGCUACCGAAGGUCUCCUCAACUUUCAAGGAACUGGAAUCGGCAUAACGGAAAUUUCUCAUCGUUCAAAGGAGUUCGGCGCUGUUGUUACCCGCCUCGAGCAACUCAUCCGUACACAACUUGAUGUCCCUCCAACGCACCAUAUUUUGUUCAUGCAAGGCGGCGGUACGCAGCAGUUUUCGAGCAUAGUGCUCAAUAUGCUGGCCCGUCAUAGGCUGCUACAUCCGAACGUUUCAGACGAGGACCGUGUGAUGGACUAUGUUAUAACAGGCUCUUGGAGCAAGAAAGCUGCAGAUGAAGCACGUCGACUCGGUGGAGCACGCGUGAAUAUUGUCGUAGACGCGCGCGAGCAUUCAGCAGACGGGACGAGCUUCACAGGUAUUCCCCCACAUGAAGCGUUCAAGUUUUCCGCAGACCCUGCGCUCAUUUACUACUGCGAGAACGAGACUGUCAACGGCGUGCAGUUUGCAGAAGAGGACCGCACUCCAACUAGCUUUCCUUUCCAUCUUCUUGCUCGUGAUGUCCCCGGAGGAGGGGCAAUACCACCACUCGUCGCGGAUUAUUCUUCCUCCUUUAUGUCGCGUGCGAUCCCUAGGCUAGCAGACCACGCUGUCAUCUUUGCCGGCGCGCAGAAAAAUAUUGGUCCGUCUGGACUCACGAUCCUCAUUGUUCGCGAGGAUUGUCUCGUCGAUGUCGACGCGGCCGCAAAAAUGGGUGCAGCGCCAGUGCCAAUUAUCCUUGCGUUCAAGACAUAUGCGGACUCUGGAAAUAUUUAUAAUACUCCUUCAACGUUCGCCAUGUACGUUGCGAUGCUCGUGCUGCAACGUAUAGAGAGCCUUGGUGGUUUGAAGGCCGUCGAAGAGGCGAAUAGACGAAAACAAGAAAAGGUCUAUCGCAUCCUCAAAGUAGCAGAAGAGAAAGACUUGUUGCGUCUCAACGUCAAGGAAGGUUCUCGAAGCUGGAUGAACGUUGUCUUCAAAGGCAAGGAUGCAGACCUUGAAAGCAGAUUUUUGUCCAUUGGAGAGUUGCAAGGCUUCAAGGCCAUGAAGGGACAUCGCUCUGUAGGUGGGAUGCGAGUUUCUCUUUACAAUGCCAUUACAGAAGAGCAAGUGGAUAGACUAGUGGUGUUCAUUCAAAAGUUCAUAGCAGAAACGGCUGUAGAAUAAAGGGGAUUUUGAGAACAGACGCAACGUAAAAGCGAAACG